CGCACUGUCAACAAACCGGUCAUAACCUCUCUUUUUGUCAUUUACUUGUCACAAACGAGUUGUUAAAAAUUUGUGAAUCAGUGAAAAAUGGAGCAAAGUGAGGAAAAAGCUGAGACUCCAUCAUCAGAGGCUCAGAAUAAAAUUCAAGAUGAUUCGAUAAAUUCUGAAUCAAAAGUCGGUGAGUCUCCCCCUGAAGAGGCGCCCCCAGAGGCAUUCAAGAAGCCACAGUUGAUAAUCGGUCCUCGACGAGGGAAAAUCGUAGGAAUACGUGCUGCACCUGCUGUCACACCAGAUUCACUGUCAGAGGCCUCAGCAGCGAGCGACGACGAGAGAGAGGAGAGUGAAACGCCUGAUGAAAUCGAGCCUGAGAAGCCUCCACCAGCUCCAGAGAAGAUGACCCUUCCUCUCCCUUACAGAGAGCCUUCCUGGGCUGGUCCGCCUCCCCCAGGCUACAAAAUCGAGGUUCUCAAGUCUGGGGUUAUCCUGAGCGUAGUUGAUCUGUCGAAGCAGAGUUUCUUCGUCGUUGGGAGGCUCCCAGUCUGCGAUAUUCCCCUGCAGCAUCCCACCAUCUCCAGGUAUCAUGCUAUUCUCCAGUACAGGGAGACUGGGGACGAGAGGAAUGGCAGUGGGUACUAUCUGUACGACUUGGAGAGCACACAUGGAACUUUUUGGAAUAAUUGUAGAAUCAGACCGAAGACUUAUGUGAAAUUGAAGGGAGGGCAUAUGAUCAAGUUUGGGUGCAGUCAGAGGAAGUUUAUUAUUUCCACUCCACCUGAGGAUGAGGAGGAGGAGUCUGAAUAUUCUGUGACGGAAUUGAAGGAAAUGCGGCGACUGGAGCUAUUAGAGCGUGAGAAGUUGGAGCAAGAGUGUCAGGAAGAGGAGGCAGAGCUCGAAAGAAUGAGAAAAGAGAAAGAGGAAGCUGAAGGGGUUGAUUGGGGGAUGGGUGAAGAUGCUGACGAAGAGACUGACUUGACAGAGAACCCGUACGCCCAGUCCAACAACGAGGAGUUGUUCCUGGACGACCCCAAGAAGACCCUGAGGGGAUGGUUCGAGAGGGAGGGCCACGAUCUCCAGUAUCAGACCGAGGAGAAGGGACUGGGGCAAUUCCUGUGCUGGGUGGACCUGCCAAUCGACGGUGGACGAACUGCCAGGGCAGAGGCCCUGGUCAAGGGAAAGAAGAAGGAGUCUGUGGUGCAGUGUGCUCUGGAGGCCUGCAGAAUCCUGGACAGGCAUGGCUUACUUCGACAAGCCACGCACGAAGGGAGAAAACGAAAGUCUCGUAAUUGGGAAGAGGAGGACUACUACGACUCUGACGAGGACAACUUCCUGGACAGAACUGGAACAGUCGAGAGAAAACGCGAGCAGAGGAUGAGAAAUGCUGGAAAAUUGGAGGCCAAAGUCGAGACUUACUCGUCGUUGAUGGACAAACACUCAGAAGUUCAGGGGAAAAUUAAUAAAAUUGAAAGUGCAUUGGAGAAUCAUCGAAAGGCCAAGAGUGCUCAGGAUGAUAACUCCAGUGAGGACGCUUUGGACGCAUUCAUGUCACAUUUGAGCACUUUAUUGCUCAGCAAAUCUGACAUUGUCAAGAUGAAAUCAGAGCUUGUGCAUUUGAGGAGGGAAGAGGAGGGCCUGAGGAAACUCAUUGAUAUUGCCAAACCUGCGAAUAUGCCUUCGUUGAAGGCAGUUUAUUCAGAGCAAAAAGUUGAGUCCGUGAAUGCUAAGGAAGAGAAAUUAGAGAGAAUGCCGAAACUCGAGUUUGAGGGGUCAGGAGAGGCGUGUGAAGAGAAGAGUGUUCAGAGCAGCAGUCGUUAUGGACUGAGGAGACCUGAUCUGCAAGCUGUUGAGCAACGGUUCAUUGGUGAAGAGGAAUGCAGGAAGGGAGAUGAUGAUUCAGAGGAAAAAGAGCCCAUGGAAGUGACCCAGGAGGAUAAAAAUGAAGAGAUUGGAGGGAACAGUCACUCGACAGAAAUCCCUCCGAAGAAGGUGAAAAAGAAUCAGAGGAGAAGAGCUGAUAGACUUCCUAAGGAAAUAGGAAAGAAUUACCCUGAGGACUUGAACAGCGAGGAUUAUUCCAUGUGGGUGCCUCCAGUGGACCAGAGUGGAGAUGGAAAAACCAGCCUCAACGACAAAUACGGGUAUUGAUGAGCCAAGGACUUGACAGUGUGUGAAAAAUUGUAAAUAUUUUCGAUUCCCUUCGGGGAUUAUCAUUAAUUUUCCCAUUGAUGGCUUAUUUAAACGACAUAUUUUUGUGAGAACAUUUUUAUUGAACAUUUGAUUGAGAUGUAAAUUAAAAGUAAUAGAUCUGUA